AUGGAAAUGCAAUCAAGAAAAUCACCCCUACGUCACCAUCUAGUGGUGGUUCCGACAUAUAACGUACCAGUAGGCCGGUUUUUCGCCUCUCUGUGUGUUGUGGGAAUCGUCUAUGUAUUUUUCAUCUACCACAUUGUUCUCCCUGCCUCCAUAUCUCGGAACCCACCGGAUUACCAAGACGUGAUGCGUUUUAAACGGACUCUUGUUGUAAAUGAAAGCUACUACAUGUAUGGUUCCCCGACGACUGACACAUGUUAUCUACGCGACAAGCUAUCGUCGCCGGAGCUACCGGAUCUUCAUUCGGUAUUUUCGGAUCCUAUGUCUGGAGAGGUUAUCUUUGUGGGUCUGAAACUCUUGAAACACCGGUGGCAUGAAGGUCCGUUCCGGUGUGAGUUCUCGGACGGCCAGAUGAGCGAAACUAAACAAAUCCUAGAGGAUCGACAGAGCUUUGGACAUUUUCCUCAGUAUGUUGUCGUCUUGACGUGCCCCAUCCCGGAGCCGUUCCGGUGGCGUGUUCGAUUCAAAAUUAACCUACGUCGACUUGCCGCCAAUACCACGUACGUGAAUCUCACUGUAUGUACAUCCGGAGCGUCACCUGAGAAACUUUACAAAUUAGCCAUUUGCACAAUGGUGAAAAACUCAGAUAGUUUUAUUCCGGAGUGGCUAGACUAUCACCGAUUUGUCGGUGUGGAACAUGUAUUUAUCUAUGACAAUGAGCUCGAGACAAAGACUACGCUUCCUGAGAGUCUAACCGACUACAUCGAGAAUGGAUUCGUAACUAUCAUUCCAUGGGCGCACAGUGUGUCUAGGUACAAGACUUACCUCGAGGUCCAAAUAGCGCAUGAGAAUGACUGCGUCUGGAGAUACAAGCACAACGUUCAUUGGAUGGUUAAGAUUGACGUAGACGAAUACGUUCAACCAAUGAACGAAGAGAAGCCUUACAUAACAGACUACCUCAAUAGCAUCAUUUUCAAUAAUGUGGCAUCAGUGCGAAUUCAAAACUGGUUCUUCGGCCACCCACCAAACUUUACCCAUGAUAGUGACUCCAUUAUUGAACGCAAUUGUUGGCGUUCAGAACAACCCACCCUACAAAACACGGGCCACGACAAGAACAUCCUUCGACCGAUCAACGUACACUACUUCAAAAUCCACAGUGUUAAACUCGGUGGUGACGUCAUAUCAGCUGACCCGUACACCGAGCUGCGAUUGGUCCACUACAGAGAGGACAAUCCCAGAGCGCGCCAUUUUUCUUUGCCAACAUUUAGUGAGAGAGACGAUUCUAUGGUGAGGAUACGGAACGAGUCGUUGCUGUGGAGGGAAUCGAGACUUUCCUCGUCCGAAACGGAGCAAACAUUAACUACCACGAACUGA